CCAACUCUAUCUCAAACGACGGAGCGUUAUUUUGGAGACCGGGAGAAGACAGACAAACAGAAAGUGAUCCGAAACAAACAAAAAAAAAGUGGGUGGGUCCUUUAAUUGUCGCUUACAUCAUUUCAAAAUUGUCAGUAUUCUAAAUUAGAAAACCAACUAAAGACAUGUAUCACGACGAUCGUCACCACUACAAUGACCACCGGUACUAUCCGGGCCAUGAUCCUUUUGAUUCUCCCCCAAGAAUUACGCAUAUUCAUACUAACGUUCAGUAUGGUGGACCUGCCUCAGAUAUGGACAUAGCGAAGACGUUCGACCACGAGCCGUUCAGGCACACGGAUCCCAAAUACAAAUGUCUAUGCAAUAAAAUGCACGUCAAGCAAGGAUGUAAAUGUAUUCUAGCUUUCCUAGUCAUUGUUGUAAUUAUCGCUGCUCUUCUGCUCAUCCUUAACUGGAACAUUGGAACAUGGACGACACUCAUCAUUCAUGCAAUUCUUCUCCUUGGAGUCAUUGCAUGUGCUGGUGCAUUAUUCCUUGCCAUGAAGACCGAAAAAGAAAACCUUUUGUUGCCAGUCGCUGGAAUUGCUGUUCUUGGAGCAAUCGUGUCAAUUGUAUUCCUGGUGUUUACUAUUUGGUCUUUGAUCGAACCAAGCGGUGUUACAGGACAACUGGUCAAUAAUUUUGUUGUAAGCCAAAAUGCAUCAAUGACAGACGACCAAGGUUUAGAAGAAAAUAGAGAAGAUAUCCAAACAGUUUCUGCCAUUAGCGUCGUUCUCUCGUUGGCUGGACUUGCCGCCAGUCUUUGGGUGGCAUUUGUGGUUUACAAAUACUACAUGUAUUUGAAGGACAUGAAGUUCGCAAGAGUCCCGAAAAAUCAGGUCCACAUUGAAAUCACCGACCUGAAAAAGGGAAUCAACCAGUGAAGUGGCCAUGUACAUUCCAUGUAAUUACUCAUAAUUCAUAAUUCUUAUAAUAUCUGUUUCAUUUCGCUAAUUUUUCAAAUUUCCUCUCUUCGUCUGAAAAUAGUCAAAAAUAAUUUACUUCUGCAUAUAGCCAAAAUCAAUUUUCUUUGCUUUUUAUUUCAAAAAUUUUGAAGUCAACAUGUCAAAUUUUCUUUCCACAUUUUUCAAUAUUUAAUUCCAAACAAUUGCCAUUCUGUUAUCUUUUCUUUUCAAAUUCUUGCUGAAUAUGAACAAAAAACCUAUUGAACAUAACAAAA